CGGGGCUGUUGAUCGGUGGAGGCCUGGUGCAGCUGUCUCACCUAGUGUACCCAGGGGCAUGCGCUGGGACUGAGCCAGCCGGGCCGCCUCACUCACAGGUAAGCUUGGGAGUGACGGUCUGCGGCUGAAACUAUCCUACCGACAGGUACGGUGAUACCUAUACGGUGCAUCCCUGUACGGAGCAGAGAGGGCAUGGUGGAGGGUGGGUGCAUGCUGCUGGGGCAUUAGGGAUGGGGUAGGAGCAUGCUGGCAGGGACAAUGAAGAGGGUAUUGGCAGGUGAUGGUGCAAUAAAGAGGGCAUGGGGGUUGAUUGGGCAGACUUUCUGUUGUUGCUCAUACGGUGUGUAAGUAUGGAGGCUGCUGUUCAGGGGACAAUGCUGUCCUGCAGCAAUAAGGAGACUGGACAUUUUUCUGCCUUAUUGGCAGCAAUCUAAGUAUGUUCAGCACAGUAAACAGAGGGGCAAGGCUGAUCGAUUUUCAAAAGUCUCUUCUGGUUUGUUACCGUUGUUUAAGUUGAGUUGCUAAGGAUUGUUCAAGUUUUAGGUUAAAAAAAAUAGGGAGACUUUUUUAUUUUUUUUUCUUCUCUCCAGUCAGCUGUUUAUCAAAUUUGAUGACCUUGGACUAAAAUCUUGCGUCUUUAUUUUGUGAUAAUUCAAGAAGUGUAAUAUGUGAGCAAGAGAACAGGUGUGCAGAGGUAAAUCUACCCAGAGAAUGUUCAUGGCAUUCCAAGCAGUGAGCAUGGAACAUUCACUACCUCGGUGUUUAGAGGACUACUAGAGUGCUUAAAGCUAGCUUGGUGUGUGUGUGUGUGUGUGUGUGUGUGUGUGUGUGUGUGUGUGUGUAUAUAUAUAUAUAUAUAUAUAUAUAUAUAUAUAUAUAUAUAUAUAUAUAUAUAUAUUCUCUGAAUAAACUUUACUUGUCAGCAGUACCAUGUUUGAAAUGGCAGUAUUUUUUGUUCUCUCCAUGGUGUCAAUUGCAUAUAUCUCUCUAUCUUUUGUAGUUAAUGCAGGGCAUGGUAAAAUAAAACAACCUGACUGACCUAUAAAACAACUCUCUUCUACAGACUUUAUUUUAUUGAUGAUAAAUGUUGCAAUGUUGUUGGGGUGUAGUUACCUGUAUUUGAUAAAUCCUUUGUAAGCAAUGGCAUUCGACUUAUAUUUUGAGUGCCUGCAGAUCUCAAAUGCUUCUUGGCCUCAAAAGUUUGAUUAAAACAGCCAUAUACACACCUAUUUCAUCUAAAACAUAUACAUCAGACAUUUUUGUUAAAAAUAAGAAUUUAUGUGCACAUAGACAGGAUUUUUCAUAAGUAAAACAUCUCUUGCAUAAAUACCUAAAACAUGUACAUAAGUUUCUAUGCCUAGAUAAAUCUUAUCCUAUGCAUAUGUAAACUACAGGGUCAGUCCAAAAAUGAUAACCCUCCACAAUGCAAAAAUUUCCUUGUGCAUGUGAUGGCUGGGUUUUACAGGCAUAUAUAAGUGAAUUUAUAGGUCAGUGGUUGUAAAGGCAUAAAUGUUCUUUUUAAAGGUUGUUCUAAGCACUAAAACAACUUUAGCUUAAUCAGUUUGGGUGUAGAUAUAGAUCAUGCACAUGCAGUCUCAUUGCUCAAUUCUCUGCCAUUUAGGGUUUGCAGCAUUUUUUUUUUUUUCUCAGUCAAAUGUUGCAGUGCAGUGUGUUUACUCUAGAUGCUAAUUGAACUUUAAUUAUGCACAGGAGACUCCUGCAGGCUAUGAACAGAGCAGGAUACAAAAAAAAUUCUAAAUGAAGCAGGCUUUUACAAGAAGUUUUAAAUAGUAAAUCUCUUUACAGGAAAUGUGUAGGUCACCUGUAGGGAAGGGGACUAGGACUGCAUGAACAAAGUGGUUUUAACCUACUAAGUUGCAGAGAAUUGAGAAGUUUGACUACAUUGACAUGAUCUAUACAACCAAAUCGCUCAAAGCCCCAGUUCUGGCGCCGUGACAACCUUCUCAAAAUUAUGCUGUGGUUUCGGGAGGUUCCUGGCAGUAGCUUACCUUUUAGGGGCACCAUAACUUAGUUUUGACUAAGUUAUGUAAGCCAAAAUGUUUCUUUAAGCUACAGUUCUGGUGCAUAGCUUUUCUUUAAUGUGGAUGUAUUGUAAACACAGUCAAUGCUUGGCUAUAGAAUGGAAACCUUUUAAUAUAGCGUGUAAACGCAUGACCAAAAUGUGAGUUCAUGUACAUUGAUUUUACUUUUAAUUCCCUAAACACUGAAUGGAAAACAAAACUGCAAAGUGUUUGGCAUUUAUUUUUUUGCCACAUAAAAGGAAAAUUGCACUGCCGAAAUAAAAAUCAUUAAAACUGUUUGCAAAUGCUGCAGUUCUCUUGUCUGCAUCCUUUGCAAGUUCUCCCCUUCUUCCCCAACCCAGACUUUCUGUGGCUGUCCAAUCAGAUUUCCAGUGCAGCUCAAUGAAAAGUCUGUGCAAGGCAGGUGCUCUGGACAGUUGCCUAUCUUUUGAAUUUAGUUCCACUGAGCUAACCAACCAGGAAGUAUCGGGUUGUCUGACCUUCAGGGUGUUAACAAAAUUAAUUUAAAAACGAGUCCAUUUCUGUUGGACACUGAAAGUGCUUUCGGCAUCUGAAGUGUUCUUUUAAAGGACCACUAUAGUGCCAGCAUUUCUCAUUGCUUUCCUAUGGACAUCCAGUGUCUUAUCACUGUGAUUUUUUUCACAUGUCCGCAACAAACUGUAUGCACAGUCAUACAUAAGUUUCAUGAUCCACUACCUGAAUGGCCGCCUUUAAAAAUAACAUUGGUUAGUUCCAUAUCAAUUAGAUCAAUGUGUUCUGUAGGCACCAUGGUCUCUGCGCUCUUUUUUUUUUUUUUUUUCUUCCCUCACCCACAGGCCUCAUUUGUAUACGUUAGGACAGGGGUUCUCAACGUUGGACCUCAGUAGGGAUCGACCGACUGUCGGUUUUGCCGAUAUAAUCGGCCGAUAUUCGGUAUUUUCGGCAAUAUCGGUAUCGGCCAAUUCAGAUACCGAUAUUGCCGAUAAUACCUCCUAGGACCGCCAGGCUCAUUACAAGCCCAGCGGUCCUGGGGGGGAGCGGGCAUCAAGCGUUUACUCACCUCCCAGCAGCUCCCCAGUGUAACUCUCGCGAGACCCGCGGCCGCCAGAGCGUUGCCAUGGAUCACCAUGGCAACGCUCCGCGCGACACGCUGGCCGCGAGAGUUACACUGGGGAGCUGGAGGAGCUGCUGGGAGGUGAGUAAACGCUUGAUGCCCGCUCCCCCCCCCCAGAGCUCAGCCAAUGCCACUGGACCACCAGGGACUGUCAUAUCCCCCCUCCCUGGCCAGGCAACAAGCAGGGAGGGGGGACAAAAAAUAAUUAAAUAUAUAUAAAAAAAAAUUAUUUUAUAAAAAAUUCCCCCUCACACACUCCAUUAUAUACACAGACACUACACAAACACACUGUGUAUAUAAUGGAGUGUGUAUUUGUAUAGUGUGUUUGUAUACAAUGCACACAAAUACACUGCAGUAUAUACACACUAUACAAACACACACACAAACUGCAUUAUAUACACACACUAUACAAACACACACAAACUGCAUUAUAUACACACUAUACAAACACACAAACUGCAUUAUAUACACACACUAUACAAACACACUGUGUAUAUAAUGCAGUGUGUGUUUGUGUAGUGUGUGUAUAUAAUGCAGUGUGUUUGCGUAGUGUGUUUAUAUAAUGCAGUGUGUUUGCGUAGUGUGUGUAUAUAAUGCAGUGUGUUUGCAUAGUGUGUGUAUAUAAUGCAGUGUGUUUGCGUAGUGUGUGUAUAUAAUGCAGUGUGUUUGCGUAGUGUGUGUAUAUAAUGCAGUGUGUUUGCGUAGUGUGUGUAUAUAAUGCAGUGUGUUUGCGUAGUGUGUGUAUAUAAUGCAGUGUGUUUGCAUAGUGUGUGUGUAUAUAAUGCAGUGUGUUUGCAAAGUGUGUGUGUAUAUAAUGCAGUGUGUUUGCAUAGUGUGUGUGUAUAUAAUGCAGUGUGUUUGCAUGUGUGUGUAUAUAAUGCAGUGUGUUUUUGUAGUGUGUGUAUAUAAUGCAGUGUGUUUGCAUAGUGUGUGUGUAUAUAAUGCAGUGUGUUUGCAUAGUGUGUGUGUAUAUAAUGCAGUGUGUUUGCAUAGUGUGUGUGUAUAUAAUGCAGUGUGUUUGCAUAGUGUGUGUGUAUAUAAUGCAGUGUGUUUGCAUAGUGUGUGUAUAUAAUGCAGUGUGUUUGCAUAGUGUGUGUAUAUAAUGCAGUGUUUGCAUAGUGUGUGUAUAAUGCAGUGUGUUUGCAUAGUGUGUGUGUAUAAUGCAGUGUGUUUGCAUAGUGUGUGUGUAUAAAAUGCAGUGUGUUUGCAUAGUGUGUGUGUAUAAUGCAGUGUGUUUGCAUAGUGUGUGUGUAUAAUGCAGUGUGUUUGCAUAGUGUGUGUGUAUAAUGCAGUGUGUUUGCAUAGUGUGUGUGUAUAAUGCAGUGUGUUUGCAUAGUGUGUGUGUAUAAUGCAGUGUGUUUGCAUAGUGUGUGUGUAUAAUGCAGUGUGUUUGCAUAGUGUGUGUAUAUAAUGCAGUGUGUUUGCAUAGUGUGUGUAUAUAAUGCACACUACACAAACACACUGCAUUAUAUACACACACUAUACAAACACACACUGCAUUAUAUAAACACACUACAUUCACUAUACACACACUCUGCAUUCAUUAUAUACACACUACCCACACACUACACAAACACUCUGCUUUCAUUAUAUACACACUACACUAAUACACACUGCAUCCACUACACAAACACACAUUGCAUCCUCCACACACACUACACAAACACACACUGCAUCCACUACACACACACACACACACACAGCUCCCCUGUCACACUGCAUCCACUACACGUGGCAUGUAUAUUUUGUGCAUUUACCUUUAGAAAUAGUUUUUAUUUUCCAAAAUGGUAAAUGUACAGAAUAUCGGCAAAUUAUAUCGGCUAUCGGCCUGAAAGUUCACAGAGUAUCGGUAUCGGCUCUAAAAAAUCAAUAUCGGUCGAUCCCUAGUCCUCAGGACCCCCUACCAGUCCAGGGUUUAGGGAUUACCUGGGUGUGUCUAAGGUGUUUAGAAAAAGAAAAAAAAAACACCUUAGAGCCCAAGGUGUUUUUUUUCCCUUUUUCUAAACACCUGAGACACACCCAGGUAAUCUCCAAAUCCUGGACUGGUAGGGGGUCCUGAGGACUGGGUUGAGAACCCCUGCCUUAGGAAAUGGUUAUGCAUGUUUGCAUUCUUGGCUAGCGCUACUCUGGGCAGUUGUUGUUGUUAGAUUUAUAUCAACUUGUAGAAUUUCUGUUUUUAGAAAUUUGGUCUGGUUUAGUGACUGCAGCCACACAAUUUGUAAGAAAAUCUGGUUUGCUUUACUGAGAUAAGCAGGACAGUGCAAGUGUGCACUCAAUUUGCAGAGUGUAUCAGCUGAGAGUUCUCAACCAGUGAAUGUGGUCAGGCUUAGCUAAUUGAAGACUUCUUCCGCUGGAUGAAGUGCCGGUGCCUGGGGAACCCAGACAAUAUCAGUCCCAAACAGUGAGAGAGAUUACUGAGACGAUGCCAGAGCAAACUUUCUAAAGUUGGUCAGAGUUAUGGUGUUUGGGGUGUUCCUUUUUAUUUCAGGAGCUGGAUGCUGCUGUCACUGAUAGUGUCAACAAUUUGUAUAGUCUAGAUCAGGGGUAGAGAUGUCGCGAACGGUUCGUGACGAACUCCGGUCAGCUGACACAUCCUAGCCAAUCUCCAGCAGACCCUCCCUCCUCCUGGACAGCAUCCGUGUUGAAGCUGCCUUCAACAUGGAUGCUGUCCAGGAAGUGUGAGGGUCUGCUGGAGAUUGGCCGGGAUGUGUCAGCUGACCGGAGUCCGUCGCGAACUGUUCGUGGCGAAAAGUUUGCGGACUGUUCGCGACAUCUCUAAUCAGGGGUAGGCAACCUUUUAGCAGCACUGCCGAUAUAGGAGUGUGAUGUGCCGAUCCUAUUUUUUUUAAAUUGAGGUGUGCGCGCGCUGCCGUACUCUGCUUAUUUUUAUUGCAGUUGCUUUGUAUCGUUGUAUUUGUGCGUAUAUGAGCUAUUAUAUUGUAUAUGUUCAUUAGUAGUUUAUGUGAUUGUGUAUGAUACAUAUGAAUGUGGGUUGUGUAUGGGGGCUGCUUGUGGAAUUGUGUGUGGAUAAGUCACAUUGUGUGUUUGGGGUAUUGCAUGUGGGGUUGUGUGCAUGUAUGUGGAUUGUUAGUGGGUUACGUUUGUGCGGAUAGUGUGUAUGUCUGUGUGUGGGCUGUUUGUUUUAUUUGUAUGAGGGGAGGGUUAUUCUGCAGGUAUGUGUAUAUCUAGCAGUGUGGGUGGCUUCGCUGGGUUCCAGUGGGGACCACGCCGGCCAGGUACAGCUCAAGGACAGGAAGUGCAACAGCAGCUGCUUUACUACUGUGUGGAUUCCCAUUCACAAGUGCUGGGAGGAAGUGAUCUGAGAUCACUUCCUCUACGUGCUGCAAUGCAUACAUUGAGGAUUGUCCUUCACCACCUCUUCGUAUUAGCAGGUAGCUGAAGUUUUACUGGGACUCCUGAUAGGCCAGAGCCUGUUUGGCUCUAGCAGCCUUGAGUGCUGUACAAAGACACCUCGAGUGCCGUGCAUGGCACUAGUGCCGUAGGUUGCCUACCCCUGAUCUAGAUGUUCAGUAGAAAAUGUAAUCUAGGAUUGUUUAAUUAAAUGAUCUGAAAACUUUCACAAAGUUGGCAAAGCUAAAUCAUAUUAGAGGUUCUGCUCCAGCUGUGUAGAGGAGAUGAACAGUGUGGGUGACUGGGGAGACCCAUAUUGGUGUCACACUGUUUGAAAAUGAUUCCUGUCACUACUUGCUGUAGUGGUUAUGCUGUCAAGUGACAAUUGUCCUCCCUAUGUGCACAGUUAUUUAAUUUUUUUUGGUAUUACUUAUUCCAUUUAACAAAACACAUGUGUAAGGUGUCUUCCUACCAGCGACAUGAUCUGACUUUUUUUUUUUUUUUUGGCCAGGCAAUCUACUGUUGCAUGUGCUUUUUAAGAAAUUUUUCUAAUACUAUUCUUCAUAAAAUGCACCACUUGCUAGAAUGGGGUAUAUUAAGGCAAUAUUUUAAUCAAAUAUAUCAAUGUAAGCUUACUUGCACUUCCAUGGCACAUAGUGACUGUUCUUCAAAUGAUGGGGUGGUCUUUUAUGUCAAUCUUGUCCUAUCUAGGGAAUAUGUAUCUUGAAAUUUUUAGUUUCCCCUUGCUUAUAUAAACACGCAUGAUCUGUUUCGGUUUCACUGCCUGUGGGUGUUUUUCUGGAUCUAUCACCUUCCUGUGCAGGAGGCACCCAGAAGCAUAUUUAGAAGUCACAUUGCAUUAUUUGCUGUUCCUUAAACCUUCAUUGUUUGAUCUUUAAAGUGCAUUAAUGCAUACAUAUUGCUGUAUUAAAACUGUGACAAAAAACUUAUUAAAGCUGUAGCAAUUUAAUGGCAAAAAGAAGCAGGCUGGGCAUAUAUAUCAAUCUAGUUUCACCUUCCAUUCAGUUAAUUUUAAUAGUAGAUUGCUUGUCACACCAUAUACAGAUGUAACUAUUGAAGCUGUACUGUUCAUUACUUGGCUGAGUAGAGGACUGGACAUAGUUUUCUAUGGGGAUUACUUUUUUUUUUUUUUUUUCUGUCCGUGGCGGGAGAGUUCAGUAGCUAGGUGCAUUGUUGGUGUAGUACUCUCCUAGGAAGUUUGUCUUUUAUGGGGCAGGUGAGCUUGCACUUUAUUAGCUACUGGAUUAGUAUUUAAAAGUGAACAGGUAACUUAUUUUUGCUCUAGUUUACAACCUGGUUAUGUAGUUGAAAGUAACCUAUUGAUGGCUUUUUAUUUUUUUGAAACUUAUUUUUUUUUAUCUUCUUACAUUUUCUGCAUGACACGAUUUCCCAUAUCUUCAUUUUGAAACCAGUCCUUCCCUUUUUAUUCAUGUCGUAACUUCUUGUUUGCUAAACUAUAGAAUUGGCAUGAAAUUAAGUUUCCCUUGGCUUCUGUAUUUACAAAGCGUGGCUAUGAAUACAUAUGCACGGUGUACAAUUUCAUGGCCAUAUAUGUAGGCACACAGUCAAAAUUGGUUUAAAAAGCAUUCUAGAUUCCUCUCCUACCCCUUGGAUAUGUUAGACUUCAAAUCAUUAUUCUUCAAGCCAAUAGAAUUGGGAGGCAGAGUUAAUGCACUGCAAUCUACAUGCUUUGAAUGAAAUGCUUCUCGUAGAGAUGAGUGAAAUCCAGUGGAUACUCUGAGACUGUUUUGUGCCCAAACAUGCAUAGCUGGUACGGUGCUCUUCAUUCUUUUAACGGCUGGAACAAUGCACCUUGUUGAUCUUUUGGCAGUUUUAUAAACCGAAAGAGGUGACACUGUUAACUCUUUGAACUUCUAAAGCCUUCCAAGUUGCUUUGAGUGUUCCCAUAAAAGUGACCAUAGCUACUACUGUUUGCUAUAGUUGUCGAGUGCUAUGUGGCCCACUGUUCAGCCGAUGUGAUCAGUGGAACUAAAGAAAGCUCCAUGCUUUAGUGAUGAUACAGCAGUAGAAGUGUCCAUUAGUGUCAUUACACUGCUGACACUAGCUAUCCUUCUGCUUUGGCAACCUUGGCUGCAAAAUUAUUUUAUUUAUCUAACUUUUUUUUUAAAAUGAUAUAUCGAUUUUUCUCCCCCCCCCUUGCUUGGUUGAGUAACUAAAAUUCUUAUAACGAUGCUUCAUUCCUGUGACGUUGCCUCCUACAGCCUUUAACUUACCAAACACAAGAUAGCCUCUUCACUGGUUACAUGUGUAAACAAAUACUGUGACUCAUUUCAUAUUAAGCUUUCACUUGAAGCUUCCAGGGCAGAAUGUGCUGUAUCAACUGGUAAGCUGUUUGCACAGUAUGGAGAUUUUUUUUUUUUUUUAAACUGAUGAUCUUGUGUAGUUUAACCCCUUAAUGACACGACAUGUGUGGCAUGUCAUGAUUCCCUUUUAUUCCAGAAGUUUGGUCCUUAAGGGGUUAAGGCAGAUGUCUUAAAGGACCACUAUAGUGCCCUGAGGGUGCACUAUAGGAUGCUAUUUUUAUAAAAAAAAAAAGGGUUAACACUAGCUGGAGCAGGCACCGAGACCACUUCAUUAAGCUGAAGUGGUCUGGGUGCUUAUAGUGGUCCUUUAAUCACUGUGAAACUUUGCUAAAGCCUCUGGGAAAUCAAACUAUUUUUUUUAAACUACAGUAUAGUUACAGCCUUGACAUUGUGCUGGGAUAUUUGCUUAUAGAUUGUACUGUUUUUCUAUUUACAUACUAUGUGCAUUGUAUUAACUAUAGUUUUCCAAGUCAAAGGAAGCUCCUUUAGUGGCUGUCUAGUACCCAGCCACUUGUGACUGCAACGUAAACAUUGUAGACUAAGGGGACAGGAACACUGCACCCAGACUACUCCAACGAGCUGAAGUAGUCGGGGUGCCUAUAGUAUCACUCUUGCCAUGCAUAUGUCUACUGGAUGAAGCAUAAUUAACUGUAAUAAGCAUACCUUAUCUCUUUACUCUUGAUUCCUCCCAUUCUUCAUGAAUUGCCAUAAUUAGCAGGGGAACGAGACCCACUUUAAACUGCUUUGUCAUUAAUAACAUGGUUAUGACUGAACAUGAAGUUCCACAUCCUCAUAUUUAUGGUGUAUUGAAAGAGUUAAAAAAAAUAAUUUUUCUGACAAAAUAUCAAUUGCAAAGAUUGGAGGCCCUUGCCUUGAGCUGAGGACAUUGACAGCUAUUUGCUUAACUCCUCUUCACAAAUAUUAUCUGAAGGGGGGGUGGCAAAAAUAGCUGAGCAGGAAAUACUCUAGCUUUGCUAUACUGUAGUCAGAACAUGGGUAUUUUUUAUUUAAUUUUGCCUCUUGGAUUUAUUUAGCAAAAAUUCCAAGUUUGUGUGGUGUCUCACUUUGUCGUAGUGUUUGUUGUUGCUGCCCCACAUGUACACAUUCCAUGCUCCCACAUACUACAGAGUUGCAUUGCAGCCUUCUUGGUCCUGCAGUCAGUUUACAGUAGGGAUUGUCAGAUAUUGAUUUACUUAUUUUUUUUUUUUAGAGCCCAUACCGAUAAUCAGAACUUUCAGGCCGAUAACUUGUCGAUAUUCUGUACACUUACAUUAAAAAAAAUUAAAAAAAAAUUCUAAAAUGCACAAAAUAUACAUACCACAUGUGCAUACAGUGUGUUUAGAAAGGUGGAGCUGUUUGUUUGGUGGGGUGGGUGUGUAUAGUAAAUUAACGGAUGGCAGGGGGGCGCUUUUUUUUUUUUUAACUCUAAUUUUAACUUUUUUUCUCUCCUCCCUCACUUGUUGCCUGGCUAGGGAGAGGGGGAUAUGACAGUUCCUGGUGGUGCAGUGGGGGUCUGCAGCAAGCUCUUGCUUACCUUCCCAGCAGCUCCCUGUGUAAAUCUCGUGGCCUGCGUGCCGUGCGGAGCGUUGCCAUGGUAACCCGUGGCAACGCUCUGACAGUCGCAAGAUUUACACUGGGAGCUGCUGGUAAGGUAAGUAAGAGCUUGCUGCAGCCCCCUCUGGACCGCCGGGCUUGUUAUGACCCGGCGGUCCUGGUAUGUAUUAUUGGCAAUAUCGGUAUCUCUAUUUACAGAUAUUGUUGCAAAAAAUGCAGAGUCCUGAAUAUGACGUUAUACUAUAUCCCGGGAGCCAAAAAGGCCUGUACACCGUGUGGAGCAACUGCUGCUCCUUGCACCUCCUCAUGCCUGGCGGUCUUCUGCAGCCCGUAGCUAGGCAUCAGGCAAAAUAAAUUCUAUCUGUAUGUAUUGUGUCCAUUGGAUUUAAGAAUGGUAUCUUAUCCCCUUUUCUCCCUUGUUUACUGUACAUAUGAACACCUACUUGAUAUUCUUAUGGUUGCCCUGUUACGGUAGUUGGCAUGUGGAUGGCAAAACUCACAAAAAACUCAUACGAGCAGUGCUCCAAACGUGAUGACAAGGGAAUCUUAUUUCAGGCCAAAAUGGCUAGUGUUUUGAUCUCUAACCCUUUGACAAGAUUGACAUGCCCCUGUCCUUCCUGUUUUUAACCACAUAAUAAAGGAUAUUUUGAGGUUCAUCUGUGUUUAACGCAAAAAAAAGCUUUUAAAGUCUACCUCUGUUUCCCACUUUCUUCUUGGGUGCACCAAUACAUGAAUAAUUUAGAUAUAAUCUAUAUUGCUAUAGGUACAUGUAUGAGGUUACUGGAAAUGCUGCUCCUGAACACCAGGCUAUGUUUAUCUAGAUAUGAGUGCAGAGCUGCACGUGUAUAUAAAUUUAGGGCUUUCUUUUGAUAUUCUAGAUCAGGGGUUCAUAACCCCUCCCAGUCCAGAAUUUAGGGAUUACCCCUUUAUUUUUUUUAAAUAAAUAUUUUUGCCUGACAGUCUUUGGUAUGCUGUCAACUGCAUUGAAUACCUGCACUGCAUUACAUAGACCAGUGGUAAGCAAACUUCAGCAUUCCCAUAAUGACUUUACAAUCAUAAUGCUGGGGAAACAUUGUCAGAUCUAGUCCACAUCUGGAGUGCUGAGGGUUUCCUAUGCCUGGAAUAGUCAUGUGGACCUUGAGUGGUUUUAUAUUUUAAGUGGAAUGACCAGCAAAUACAGAUGAAGAUAUCUUGUUAGCACCUUUAUUCUCCAGGGUAUCUUCAAAGCACUGUCUGCGCAUGUUUGUUUUUGAGCCCAGGAAAUAAUUUCCCACUAAGGCAGUCUUUAUGGAGAAGUCAGGUACAGCUAAGUUUCAGCUCUUCUAUAGUGCCUUUUUAUCAAGGCUUAACCAAGUCUACCAGAAGACCGAAGUAUAGAACUAAACGGGCAACGUCAGGGCUCGUCAAAUCCCAGGUCUCCACUGUGACUAGAAAUUUUGCCUUGGAUUUGCCAGCUCUUUAAUGUGGCCGCCGAGGUAGUUUUGAAGCUGUCCGUCCGCGGCAGCAUGGAGCUGGCCAUGGGGGGCAGUUGGCUUACUGCGGCUCCUCUCUGCUCCCUUGCUCUGUUUAAUGAUGCUGGAAUAUGACGUCACUCCGGCAUCGUUACAGUGAACAGCAGGGAGAAGAUAGGGGCUGAUGAGAGAAGCCCCACUGCACCUCAGGGAAAGACCCACUCUGCUCUCCUAAAGGUAGGAAGUCAGUGGGGUUCAAUUAAUACAAAAAUGUGUGUGGGCGCACGUCUAGGUACCUGCCCCUUCCGAUCACAUGAGGAAUGUGUUUUUUACUCCCCUUCUCCCCGUGCCACUUUUGCUGAGGCUGGUACCACCUCAAUGGCUGAGAUUAUCAAUCUUUAUGAUCUCAGCUAAGCCAAUGGUAAAGGAAAGCAUUGGGAGGAUUUUGUGCAUGCGUAGCAAAUGUGCCAAUCCGCAUCUCCUCAUAGGGAUGCAUUGAAUUAAUGAAUCUCUGAGGAACAUUCAGGCAGAGCUUGGAGAUCCUGAAUGUUGGUGCAGCAGUGACCCAGGACUCUCUAGUGGCCAUCUGAGGCAAGACCUAAGAUUACUAGAGGUGACUGAAAAGCCUGCAUGGUGUAUAGUCACCAGAACAACAUAAAGCUGUGAUGGUUCUGGUAACUCUAGUGUCCAUUUAAGAAUGGCAUUUUAUUUUUUUUCUCGUUGAAAAUGACUGGCUUCUAGAUUCCAAACAAACUUGUCAUGCCCUGGGCUACAUAGUUUGCCAUUAAUGGAACACUAAAGUAGUUGAAAGACAUGUUUGUAUAGCCAAUACUAGUGUUGGCAAAUCUAUUUUGGAUUAUUUCCCCCUCAGCCAUUUGGAGGCUAGUGUGCAACAAAUUGCCAGGGAAGCCCUCCAGACUGAAAGUCCCUAGAGGUAAAUGCACAACUGACACUGCAGGGACAAUCGCUAUGGCUCAGAACCACUACAUUACUCUAGUGGUUGUGGUGCAUUUAGUGUCCUUGUAAUACUUUGCUAUAUUGAUGGCUUUUGUUUCUCAAUAUGUUAAUUGGUGUGAGUUCUUCCUUUCUAACAUAAAUGUAACUGAAUUCCAGACUACUGUCAGUGACCUGAAGGCAUUAAGUGUGCAUACAGUUGCAUCAAUAUAUUAUACAACUAUGCAAACCGUAUAUAGAAUUGCCAGAAUCUUCAACUGUCAAAUAUUUGUGCAAUUUAGAAAACCAAUGUUUGCAUACAGAUUUUUUUUUUUUUUAAAGCAAAAUUUAGCAGCUCUAAAAAGGGAGGGAAAUGUAAAGACACACUCACUCUAAAAGACUAGGCAAGCUAAAGGAACAAUCCAAGCACAUAAUGUGCUUCAAAUUUUCUGCACAUAUCCUAUGGAUUUUAGGAUCGCUAACAUUUAAUUUAUAGUGUUCAUCCUGAAGUAAUGUUGGUGACUCUUUAAAAAUGUUCUGUAAUUUUUUUAUUUUUUUUUUCUGCUGUUUAAAGUCCCUUUAUAUGUUGGCUUUGCUGUCCUGCUUGCAUCAAGACAGAUUGGAAGUUGGUUUGCAUGGAAAGAACGUGUUCCUAUGCAACUGUGGAAAAAGUAAAAUCUCUUUCUGCUGUAAAUGCCCAAUAAACUGUAACUUGUGCCUAUGUUCACUCUGUGGGAAUUAAUGGUGGUAUGUGCACAACAAUGCAAUUUCACAGCUAUAGUUCCAUGCUCCUUUACCCCCCUUGUAAACACUUUGGUUAAAGGUUUACUCCAACUUUUCUAUGAUGAUGGGAAAAAAAAAAAAAAAAACAAUUCUAAAGAGCCAAUAAAUAUACAUACUAGCAUAGUCUGCAUGUGCCUUGGGUCCCAACAACUCUUCUCUAUGGACCAGCUUGCCCCUGGGUUAAGGUGUGAAUUGGGUUUUUCUUUUGUUAAUGUUAUUAAAGGGACACUAUACUCACCAGAACAAAUACAAUAAACUGUAGCUGUUCUGGUGACUAUUGUCUGUUCCUUCAGGCUUUUUGCAGUUGCAGCCUAGACAGGGAUACUUCCACUGGCUGCCACUCAUAUUGGUACUAGAAGUGCUUCCUCUGGAGAUGCUGAUUGGCCAGGUCUGUGUUUACGCUUGUUUGAUCUAACCCCAUUUUGCCUCCUUGACAUUCAGCCAAUCCAAUUCUUUCCUAUGGGAAAGCAUUGUGCUUAACGGAGAUCACCACUUCUGAUCUCAGCCAAGGAAGCAGAUCAGGGAUCACAAAUUCGCACAAAUUAUGUGAAUUACGGCCUCUGAUUUUUAAAAUCUCAGAAUGCACCCCCCUCUGACAAGGAUCUGUUUCUUAUUGAGUAAAUAUUGGGCAUUGGAAUUUAUAGCUGUAAUACUGAUAAAUAGGAAGUUUAAUGCACUACCUGUUGUAAAUUAAAGGAACACUAUAGUCCACCUAAAUUACUUUAGCUAAAUAAUACAGUUUUAGUAUAUAGAUCAUUACUCCUGCAAUUUCACUGCUCAAUUCACUGUCAUUUAGGAGUUAAAUCACUGUUUCUGUUUAUGCAGCCCUAGCCACACCUCCCCUGGCUAUGAUUGACAGAGCCUGCAUGAAAAAAAAACUGGUUUCACUUUCAAACAGAUGUAAUUUACCUUAAAUAAUUGUAUCUCAAUCUCUAACUUGAGCUUUAAUCACAUACAGGAGGCUCUUUCAUGGUCUAGCAAGCUAUUAACAUAGCAGGGGAUAAGAAAAUCUUAAUUAAACAGAACUUGCAAUAAAAGCCUAAAUAGGGCUCUCUUUACAGGAAGUGUUUAUGGAAGGCUGUGCAAGUCACAUGCAGGGAGGUGUGACUAGGGUUCAUAAACAAAGGGAUGUAACUCCUAAAUGGCAGAGGAUUGAGCAGUGAGACUGCAGGGGCAUGUUCUAUACACCAAAUCUGCUUCAUUAAGCUAGAGUUGUUCAGGUGACUAUAGUGUCCCUUUAACAGAAGAAUGGAAUAUUCAGUUAUGUUGCCUAUUUUCAACCUCGCCUAAAAAAAUAAAACAUUUUGUGGCUUGUUCCAUAAGUGAGUGUUCUGUUUUUUUUGUAUAAUCAAUUUCUUGCAAUGACUAUAUGUCAAUAAUCUUCAAGUGAUGUGCUGCCUAUCUACUUAUAUUUAGAAUCGACCAUUGCCUUUCAAGUUGAACUAAUACACCACAGAUUUACUUGUACUACAAGUAUUUUACUGAUGGGGGGCCUGUUUUUAUUUCAGUGGGUAGUAUUUAUGCAGUCUUCUGUUCUAUAGUGGUCAUUGUUUACGUGCAGAUAGGACUGGCAUGUAGAAUAAUCUUUGGUUAUCUCAUAUUCUUAAUGUGUUUUUUCCGCUGAUCAGACUUUCCCCACUUUGCAUUUGUUAACUUUUUAAUUUUUUUUUUUUUAACAUUUAAUUGUCUUGUACAUCAUGGCUGUGUUUUGUGUGGGUUUGUUUUGUUUUGCAUUACGUGACCUAAUCUAGGAAAGCUAGCAAGCUGUUUGCAGUUUAAUGCUUACUUUGUGCUGGGAUUGGAACCCCUGAUCUUAAGUCUUAAUGUUUAACCCUUUUGGCAGUGCAGAUUGGGGAACCUUAACUAGCAUUUUGUUUGUUGUGCAUGUUUCCAUCCUGCUCUUGAUCUGUUAACCUUUUCAAUUCCAGGAAAAUUAAGUUUACUCUUGUCUUUUUGUUACAAGAGAACUUUUGGAUUGCAUGUCUUGUGUUUUUGGGGGGGAGGGUUUAGGAUUAUUAUUUUUUUUUUUUUUUUUAUUCCUUCCUCUUCAGUGUCUCUUGCAUUUUAAGUUCAGGAACAGACUGACAUUAUUAGGUGGGAAAACUGGAUGUGUUAAAGUCAGACUCUGAAUAAUGGAGCAGUAACAUGCCACCUGUUUAUCACACUUAAAUUUACAGUGUAGAGGAUGAAGAGAAGACUAUCUGAAAGGGAUGCUGGGGAAUCAUCCAGAUCAAAGGCUUUCUGUACUAGUAUAUCAGGAAGUAAUGCCAAGAGGGCUGGACCAUUUAUUUUGGGUAAGCUGGCUUUUUUUUUUUUUUUUUCUCAUUUCACUAUCUCUAUCUCUAGAUUUUAUUUAUUUUUUUCUCCCCACUAGAUAAAAUGCUUGUAUAGCCCAUAGUUCUCAGCUUUCAGUCAUUAUAAUGCCACAGACUGAUGUGGCUUUAAUAUAUGUAAAUAAUGGCUUAUAGCACUUUAGUUGUACUCUAGUCUAGACAAACUGAUACUACAAUGCUACAUUUCUCUAGUGAAGACAACUUAGACUUGUAUAUGGCCUUAUUCCAUUAUGCAACAGUUUCCAUUCCUUCUUGGGUAACAGUUGAUAAGAGUGUACAGAUCUACCAGGUUAGUCAAAAUUUCAUGCAAACUUAUAAUGCAGUCACCCCCUGCUACUCUUGGAGUGAGGUGGUAUCUCCUGUGUAAUUCUCUUCUGUAUGAGUUUGCUUACUUAAUUUAGCUUGCUUCUGUCUAGAUGCACAUAUUUUAUGUGGGUGAAUAACUGUUUCAUUGUUUGUUUCCUGCCAGGUCCUCGGUUAGGAAACUCUCCUGUACCAAGCAUUGUGCAGUGUUUGGCAAGAAAGGAUGGAACAGAUGACUUCUACCAGUUAAAGGUUAAGAUUGUUAGCCUUAUGCCUCCUGUAGAAAAUCAACCCUGCAAAAUGAACAUAAAAUAUGAACAUGUGUUGUCAUUUUCCAUAUUCAGUGUCAGGGAAUGUUGACUUUUAGCUUUAAAAUUCUCAUUUUUUUAAACCAUUUGUGUUUAAUGCUCAAUCCAAAGAAUAACAAUAAGUAACUGAACAUACUUGCCCACAUUUAAACAUUGCAUUGAUGUUUGCUGAAUUGUCUCGCUCAAUAGUCACUUCAAUGUUUGUGGUUUCUUUUUUUGUUUGUGUGUUUUUUUUUUUUGUUUUUUUAAAGAACCUUAAUCAAGCAUACAAUGUUCUUGUAUGUUCAUCACAGUGCUUAUGUUCAUCUACACAGAUCCUAAGCUUGGAGGACAGAGGGGACAAAACAGGGGAAACACAAGAAGAAAGACAGGGCAAAAUGCUGUUGCAUACUGAAUAUUCACUUUUAUCCCUCCUUCAUAAUCAAGAUGGUGUUGUACAUCACCAUGGUCUGUUCCAGGUAACUCCUCUAGCAAAAAAAUUGCUUUUUUUAAAAAAAAUUUUUUUACCAAAAAGCCCUUAAUGUUGUAAAAGUAAAAUGCACGUGUGUGUGUGUGUAUCUCUCUAAAUCAUGUGCAAUUUUGGUGUACACUGCAUUUGCCAAAAUUAACCUUCCAGGGACAAUCUUUACUUAAGCUGUUAAGUUUUGCAGCCACCCCCUUCCCAUUCUGUUUAAAAUGUCAGUUUCACUAGUUUUAAACAGGUUUGUCCCUUAAUUGCUUCAGUCUAUUGCAGCAAUAUGCAAUUUAUUUUUUCCGAUUAUUGUUUGGCAUUGCCUUCUGAAACUUUUUUGUAAACUUUGCAGGACCGAACAUGUGAGUUUGUAGAAGAUGUCAUGGAUGCCAACAAGCUAACUAGGAAGACCAGAAAGAGGAUAUGCCUAGUGUUGGACUGUCUGUGUGCACAUGACUUCAGCGACAAAACUGCUGACUUAAUAAAUUUACAGCAUUAUGUGAUAAAGGAGAAGCGGCUAGGGGAGAGAGAAACCGUUGUUAUAUUCUAUGAUGUUGUCCGAGUAGUAGAAGCCUUGCAUAAGGUGAGACUACCACCAUUUUUUGUGUAAUAUUUAUUUGCACUACUGUAACAACUUGGUUUGGUAGAGAUCGACUUAACUGGGCCCACUCCUGUUUUGGGGGUGUGGGUGAUUGUAUAGUAACCCCAGUAAAUGCUUCAGUAACAUUUAGUGGAUGAGUAAAGAGAGCUAUUCAAACCCAAGCAUCCUUUGGUUUAUUUUUUGAAAUGAUAUUCUAAGCACCAAAACAACUUUACCUAUUGAAGCAAUUUUGGUGUAUAGAUUAGUUUUGUUAAAGUUCAGUCAACAGAGCAAGAAAUAAAACUUCUGAUUACACACCGACAGUUCCUGCAAUUAACAGAGCAGGAAAUGAGAUUCUAAACUGAACAGACUGUGCAAUGAACAAAGUUUGAACAGAGCUUUCUGAACAGCAAGUGUGAAAGUCACAUGCAGGGGAGGUGUGGCUAGGCUGGUUAAACAAUGAAUUAAAGGGACACUACACACUUCAGACCAUGAAAUCACUUUUAGCUUCCUAAAAUGCCUUCCCAUUUGCCCCCAAUUUUACAAAGAUUUCAAUAGGAAUUGUAAUUUAGAAACCUAGAAUGUGACGGCAGAUAAGAACCAUUCUGCCAAAUUUUCUAAAGACUUUCAUUAGUCCCUGAUCUUAUAGUUAGGAUAGCCUUAUGCCUAUCCCACGCAUGCCUAAACUCCUUUACUGUGUUAUUUAUCUAAUUUAUUUUUUAUAAAUGAACAUUGUUCACCCCCUGGUCUGCAUAAUAGAUCCUGCUACUUGCUGGUUUGUUCAGCUCAGUGUAGCUAAAAACAAGAUUGGACAGCCAUAGAAAGUCUGGGCAGGGAGAUAAGAGGUGCGCUUGCAAAGGCUUGAUGCAAGAGAUUUGCAUGGUUUUAGAUACAUUUCCAAUGAAACAUGCAUAAUUAAAAGCAUGCAUGUUUUCAUUGGGAAUAUAUCUACUAAACAGUAACUCUCUUUUUAGGACAGUGUAGUGUCCUUUUUAACUCACAAAUGGCAGAAGCUUGAGCAGUGAGCCUGCAGGGGCGUGGUCUAGUCACUAAAACAACUUAAUUGAACAGUUUGUUUCAGUGCUUAGAGCAUCCCUUUAAAGUUGUUUGAAUGUGAAACCAUAUUCAUUAUGUCACGUUUAACAAUCUGUACAUUACUAAUUUUAACUUUUCUUCCUGCAGAAGAACAUUGUGCACAGAGACCUGAAACUUGGUAACAUGGUUCUCAAUAAGAGGUAAGGGUGUAUCUUUCUGCAUUGUCAUGCUACAUAUUUAAUGUGUAGGUGAUAUCUAAGGCGCAAAAUUACAAAUACUCCCCCUCCCCCACAAUUAUUCCAUGAUGUCUUGCUGACAAUGUUUCAGACUUCACCUUGCAUUUCUGCAGGUACUCUUGUCAAUGGCACGCUGUUUUGAACACCAUUUAUUUUUACAUUGAAGGGUGGGAGAGUUGUAGAAACAUUUUAUUGUCCUGAUUUUUAACUACAUAAGUGUGUGGGUCUUCUCUUCCUGUGACUGUUGUGGUAUUUGCUUUCACCACAACGUUGUCUAUACACAACACUCCAAAUCAUUCACUUUGCCAAGUCACUCCAGUUGACUUGGAAUUCUGUUUUGCAAGGCACCAUUUUGUCUCUUCCAGUCUUAAUCCUUCAUUACUUUGAACAGUUGUUUGUCUAACUGCUUACCUAGACCUAGCAAAUUUGUAUCUUCAUAUUUCGGAAUAAUAGCGUGUGGCUAAUGUGAUACAUAAGUUUACAUUAGAGUUAAACAAAAUCACAGGGAAAUGUCAAUCUUGUGUCUUUACUUUUAGGACCCAUAGAAUAACAAUCACCAAUUUCUGCCUUGGGAAACACUUAGUGAGUGAAGAUGACCUAUUAAAAGAUCAGCGAGGAAGUCCAGCAUAUAUCAGCCCAGAUGUGCUCAGUGGUGAGUCACUUUGUUACACAGGUGCAAAAACCUAAACUUAAAGUCUGCUAGAGCAGCCACACUCUCAACACAGGAACUCGUUGCUUUAUAGAAAUACAAAUACACUGAGAUUAUGGAUAUCAGGCAUUAAGUCUGUAACUUGAUCUUUGACUAGUUGAAGUUAUAAACCUGUAAACCACACCGUAUGAAUGUGCAUAAACUUGGUAGCCCCUUGUCCUCACAUGGUUUUGGUUCUUGCUGUUUUGCAAUGGCACAUGUCAGCUAAAAUUUGUUUUGAGAUCUCAGUGGUGGCAAACAAAAGUGUAUUUUCCAGAUUUAUUUUUAAAAUGGUCUUCUCCAUGUGUUAGAGGUUAUGGAAAAGUUAAUUCUGCUUCUUUAGUACACUUGAUUAUCACUAUGGGACGGUAUACUGAAGAUGAAAAUUAUUGGUGUAAUUGGGACAUUUAAUUUUCUUGGGUUAGACUGGCUGUAUUUCUGCAUUUUUAGUUGUUUCCCUAUUGCUAAUUUUAAUUAUAUUUAUGACCUGUAUUUAUAUUUAGCUUGCCUAUGGAACACAGUAUCUUUGCAUCGUUCCUAUAGGUGCAAUCUGUAAGAACUAUCCUAGUUUAAUUAUCCUACUCUCUUCUGUUCCUUCAGGUCGACCAUACAGAGGAAAGCCAAGUGAUAUGUGGGCGCUGGGUGUAGUUCUUUUCACCAUGCUGUAUGGGCAGUUUCCCUUCUAUGACAGCAUUCCUCAGGAACUUUUCCGUAAAAUAAAGGCUGCAGAGUACUCCAUCCCUGAGUAAGUGAGCUAUUCUUGCUCGAAAAUGUGUAGUAAUAUAUUCUGAUCUGGGUCAAUAAGUUUAAUCAUUCUGCGCUUUAAGAUGAAAGACUGUUAUAAUCUGCUUACACUUUUAUUAAAAAGUGCAUACAGUUAGAGCAUUGUCCAUAGAAAGAGCACACUUGGUGCAUGAAGAGCAUAUUUACCAUUAAUGUCUAUUGGUUGCCUUUGUGGAAAUAAACUUUGACUUCAUGCUAACCACAUUUCCAGCCAUUGCAUCGUUUAAAAUGCAGCAAUUUGAUGUUGCAGAUUUACUGCUUUAGUAUCCACUUGAACAGACUCAUAUUGGUACAGAACUAUCCCAAACAAAGGGUUUGUCGGACAGAUUUUUUUUUUUUUUUUAAACUUUGUUUGUUUACCUGGUUUAUUUAAAUUAUUCACUGCUAAAGUGUCUUCCCUUGUUAGGGAUGGAAGAGUGUCUGAAAACACCGUAUGUCUUAUACGUAAACUAUUGGUCCUUGACCCUCAGCAGCGCCUGACUGCAUCUGAAGUCCUAGAGUCUCUUGGUGGCAUAAUCUCUUCCUGGUAAGUCAGUUCACCUUACCCUAUAAUCGGUAUUAACCAGCAAUCCUAAGGUUAUUAUAUUGAUACUAGACUUCUUAUAGUAAAUUGCCCUUUUAAAACACAUUGCAUCAAGUAUGGCAUUCAUAAACCAUGCAACAAAGAUGUUCAUACUUCCCUCCCUCCCCCCCCUAUAUUCUUGCGUGUCUCUCACUUCCUCAAGAUCAUCCUUUUAAUUUUUGUUUGAUCCAUAGGCAAUCUAUGUCCUCACUUAGUGGUCCACUACAAGUUGUUCCUGAUAUUGAUCAUGUGACAAGCCCUGAGAGCUCUCAAGAGGUAAAUUGAUAUGGGGCGGAGGAAUCUGUAUCCAUUCCCUACCAAAGUUAACUUAUUUGUAAACCUGGUUGUUGCCUUUUUUCAACCUUAAAUAUGACAGAUCAAACUGUCAUGCAUAUUUUAUGAAGUUUUAAUUCUAGGUAAAUUCUUACAUGGUUUCUUACUAAAGUGAAAAUUUAAGUGUAUGCAAACUGAAUGCAUGGCUGACAUAGAACUAUUUCAGCUGGGCUAUUUUGACAUUCCAUUUAAAAUGCACUUUGAAUUCUCACUUUAGUCAAAAAUGUUGUAAUUUAAACCUAUUUAGUUGAUUUUAGAGGUCUGCCACGUAACAGAAAAAUUGGCAAGUCUUUUGGUUUCUUUAAAAAAAAAUUCCAUUUGAAAAAAAAAUUGGAAUGUCUUUUUUUUUAUUUUUAUUUUUUUUUGUGGAGGGAUGAGCUCUAACCGUUAAAAGGAUGCUCUACGCACCAAAAAAACUUUAACUUGAUGUGAAUUUGGUGCAUAUAAUGUCCCUGCAGCCUCACUGCUCAGUUCUUUGGCAUUUUAAUAGAUUUCAGUUUAUGCAGCUCGUCACACAUCCAUGCAUGUGACUUGCACAGCCUUCCUGUAAAGAGGCAUCUAAUGCUUACACUGCCUUUAUUGCAAAUUGUUUCAUUUAGAUCAGAACUCCUGCUCUGUUAAUAGCUUGAUAGACCUUACAGACAAUGACUUUUUUUUUUUUUUUUUUUCAUGCUGGCUGUGACUCACAGCAAGGAGAGAUGUGACUAGGGCUGCAUAGACACAGCUUUUACUCCUAAAUGGCUUUAGUAUUAAGUAGUGAGACUGCAGGGGUAUGAUCUCUAAACAAAAACAGCUUCAUUAAGUUGAUAUUUUGGUGGCUAUAGUAAGACACUCCAGCAAUAUAAAAUAUUUAAUUCAGAAGUUUUGUUGGUUCCUGUGUGCCCCUGAAAUAGUACUCUGGCCAAUGCAGUGUUCUCAUUGUGUGGCAGGGCGCAUAUCCCUGAAAAUGCUUCUCAUCCAGAUGCUUUGGAUUCAAAUGUCUCUAUGGGAUGCAUUGCCUUCUACCUUGUACUCUGGCACAAAACAAUUAGGAACAGUUUACUCAUGGUUGUUAGAACCCAUUUGAAGAGCAUAUGGCACUCUAAGAUACAUUUAUUUUAAAUAAAUGUAUUAAGAGUGCCAAGUUGCACCCUGCUGGCUAUGUUGCUUCAAGCAGAUCCCUACCCUCCUUAGAGGAGAUGGUUUAGGAGUUGAAGAUUUGUCUACAUGUGGACCAAUUUUUCACUACUGGGACUUUGGGCAGUACCUAAAAUGGCUUGAUCAGUACCAUCAAUUUUGCAGUUCUAAGUUAAAAUGUAUCUGCCAUAAGAGUAUUAAAAUCUAUAUAAUUUGUGCUGGUGUGGGAUCAUAUUUUAAAAUAAAAUCUGUUCUUGGAAUAGACUAGAGAAUUUCAGCAGGACCUCCCACACACAGGCAGUUUUAACGGUUUAAUUUACCAACAAACUUUGUCACUACUAAUGAAGCCCGCAUGUUAAGGUCAUGGAGAAAUACUAUAGGAGUUGGAGAAACUUGGGAGCAGACAAAGCAUUUAUUAAGCUCUAGAAACAUGCCUUUUGUUAGCCAAACUGGCCCCUGCAGCAGCUGAUCUCCCUUGUUAGGCUCUUAAUUCUCUGUUAGUGCUGUACAGUGCCCAUUCAAAAGCUUAUUGUGCCAGUCUAGAGUUCAAAGCUUCUCAUAGGAAUGGGGAUAUAUAGAUCACCCCCCUCCCUCUUUGACACAGGCAUGCUAACUGAAGAUGGCACAUCUUAUACUUUAUGGAAUGUUACCAUUCUUUUCGUAAUCCUUCUAAUAUUCUUUCAAUACUUGGUUAAUCCCUUAAAGAUGGAGGCAAUUGUCUAGGUACUGAUCCAAAACACCUAGAAUUUGAGCGAUGUCCAACAAUAAACCUUUCAUACGAAGUGAAACCACCCUUAUAUAUACUAUUGUUUAGGAGAAAUAAGGCUUUCAUCUCACAUCAAAUAUUAAACCUAUUUUAAUAUAAAAUCUAAAAAUGUGAGACCUAAUAUGGCUUGAAACAGAACUUGGAAAACACAAACUGAAUUUCAGAAUACUGUUGGCUUUUACUGCAGUAAAAAAAAUCACUGUAUACUGUGAUGUCCUAGUACAUUGCACAGGUUUUGGAGCAUUAGACUCAAAUAUAGGGCUUGCAAAUUGUUUUUUUUUUUUUCUGCUGGGCUGUUAUGAAUUUGUCUUACAAACAUAUUGGGUCACUUGACCACCACAAUUCCCUUUGCAGCUUUAACAGCUUCCACUCUUCUGGAAAGCUUUCCACAAGAACUUGGUGUUUCAAUGGGAAUCUUGCCAAUUCGUUCAGUAGAGCAUUUGAGGGGUCAGGCACUGAUGUUGUACAAGAAGGUAUGGCUCACAGUCUCCGUUCCAGUUCAACCCAAAAGUGUACAGUGGGGUUGAGGUUUGAGCUCUGUGUGAGCCAGUCAAGUUCUUUAACACAAUACUCCUCCAACCAUGUAUUUAUGGGACCUAGUUUGGGCAGUGGGGCACUGUCAUGCUGGAAUAGAAAAGGACCUUCCCCAAACUGUUCCAAUGUUUACGGCUACUGAAGCAUUAAGAUUUCCUUUAACUGGAAGGAAGCUUAGUCCAAUACCAUUUAUCCCUCGUCAAACUUUGCAAUUGGCACAAUUUAGGCAGGCAACAUUGUCAUGGCAUCUGCUAAACCUAGACUCUCUAUCAGAGUACCAAAAACACCAGUGUAAUUUGUACCUUCACAGAAAACUUUUCCACUGUUCCAGAGUCCAGUGUCGGCAUGAUUUACACCACUCUAUCCAAUGCAUUCUACUUGAUGUGAGGCUUGUAGGCAGCUACCCUGCCAUGGGAACACAUUUAAUGAAGCUCCUGACGUACAGUUUUUGCUAAUAUUAAUGCCAGUGGAAGGUUAGAAGAAUUUCGCUAUGGAAUCAGCAUAGCAUUGACAACUUUUACGCACUAUGCACCUCAGUACUUGGGGAGUCGGUUCUGACUCGAAGUCAUCUUCCGGUACAUGGCUGAAUUGCUGCUGUUCCUAGACUAUUCUACUUUCCAAAAGUACCACUUACAGUUGUCCGGGGAAUAUCUAGCAGCGAUGUAAUUUCGAAAACUGACUUAUUGCAAAGGUGGCAUCCUAUCUCAGUGCCACACUUAAACUUCUUCAGAGCAACUUUUUUUUUUUUUUGCACAAUUCUGUGAGGGUUUCUACAUUCCAUAUAUUGUUUGGGAAUCUAUAGAGAAAUUACUGCACACUUGAGUGUUUCUUCUAAAAUGUAUGAAUGUCUAACACUGUGUGGGUUAAAAUAACAUGGUUAGGGUGUACAUGGUAGCAAAUCAGUGUAAAUGUAAAGGCUUAACUUCAGCUAGUAUGUGUGACAUUACUGUUUUAUAAUCUCUUGAAUGGUUUACUGUUUUACAGGCAAAAGUAACAGAAGAGUCCUCCCAGUAUGAGUUUGAAAACUACAUGCGACAGCAGCUCCUACUGGCGGAAGAGAAAAAUACAAUCCAUGAAGCCAAAAACUUCCCCCAGAAAGGUCACUUUGGAAAUUUCCCCCCCAUUAGAAGAUUGGGGUAUGAUGCUCAGCCAAUGAGCCCUUUGGACGCUGCCAUCCUUGCACAGCGAUAUCUUACCCCGUCACACAUGACUAUUCCUAAUCCCCACUAAAACAUGGUUUCCAAAUGUUUCAUCUAGAUCUGGAAAGUUAGUUUGGGGGAAUCUUUCAAAGCUGAAAGGCUUAUAUGGUGCUAUAUUUCUUCUCCCCCAGCUUGCUGUUCCUACUUGAGUUUCAUUGCACAGAAUGCAUCUUGGCCCUUCUCCCAAAUUUAACUUUUUUAUUUUUUUGUCCUAAAGCAAUACUGUUCUAGCACAAGAUAAAUUAUGUAGCAUCUCUAGAAUAGACUCCAGUCUGUACUCAUAACCUUUCACUCCCUUCAUUCUUUUGAUAUUCUGGACUGUUCUUGGACACCCAAUGCUGGAC